AUUUUAUUUUCAAAGUGCGUGACAUAUUAUUGCGAAUUUUUGUUUCGAGUUUGAUAUAAAUUAAAAAAACCUGUAAAAUGUCAUGGCGGGCGUUAAUGAAAGCAAAAAAGAACUAGGUUCUGAGUUUACGAGCACAGAGCGGAGAAAUAUGAACCGUGGCAAGCCACAACAAGCUCUAUACAGACCAGGCAGUGGACCAUUGAGAAAAUCAAACAUAGGCUUAGAAGAUCUGAACGAAUCGACGGAAAACAAUUCAAGGCAAAACACCCCCAAACCGUAUCCAAUGUCUAAUGAAGACGCAAAGUACAGGAGCGAAAGCUCAUCGCCCCGGGAAAAUAACAGCUUCAGUUCGAGGUUAGGCGGCAGGCAUAAAAAACCUGAGCAGCAGCUCUACGUGCCCAAACCGGUGGCGCAAGCCAGAGAGACUGCCUCAUCGCAGGACUACGACAGAGGGGGCUAUAAUCAAAACAACGGCAACGAAUCAAACUACGAGAGGGACAGAUUCGGGAACAACAGGUCGAAGAGGUAUUCAAAUAGGAGGAAGGAUAAUAUGGAGUAUCAGGAUGAGUGGAGGGAUAAGAACAGGCAGAUUAGGCAAGGAUCUGAACCUAGGGGUAUGGCCAACGGCUCCCAAUGGCAGCGACAGAGGGACACCAGAAGUGUAGAUCCUUGCCCUCCCCCGGGUAGAAAUUACAGCGAAAAAAUGCAGGCGAAACCUCCGAGCGGUAGACGCCACAGCACCAUAGGCUUGGAGCAAGACAAGCGUCCGAAAACGAACCUCAACAUCAACAACUUGGCGCCCAGGUUUCAGAAGAAACUCCUCCUGGAGGGCAAGCAAAUCAACCAGCCGCCGCCGUUGGAGGAGAACUGGGACGGUUCGAGCGUCACCUUUCAGGGCACGUCGAAUCCCCCCACGAACUACCUGAAAAACCCCAGCUACCAUCCGAUGGGCAGCUACCACCACCAGAUGCACCAGCAGAUGCCGCACGCGGGCUACCACACCCUCCCGAACAGGGCGAGAGGCAGGGGACGGCUGCAAGAUUUCAGUCACAUGCCGGGGGAUUCCUACAGGUCCAUGACGCCGGAGAUCGGCCGCAGUCCCUGCAACUCGCGCCCCCCCACCCCGCCGCUGAGCAGACCCCACACCCCAGUCAACUACCCCAGCAAAAACGACGAUUAUCGCUACAACAACUACAACUACGACGACAGACAGCGUAAAAACACCAACAUCUCCGAUAGAUUGAAAGUGGACCGUCAACAUAGACCCUCCGAGGAUAGGGAUACUAACACCAACAAAUGGGACUACGAUAAUCGUAGAAACCAAGACAACCGCCGGCAACACAAGAGAGACAGAGAUAGAGGCGAUCGUAGAGAGCCGGGAGCCAGAACUAACUACGACAGAAAUCGUAAACCGACUCAGGAAAGGAGGGACUACAACAAUCGGCCGAACAAGGACGAAUGCAGCAGGGGGGAUUUCUCCAGCAAUUCCUACAGAAACGACAAUAGGAAUUACGAAUCCACAACAAAAGUCAACGAAAAUCCCGAGACAAAAGCUAAAUUCAACGAUAGCUUGAAUGCGCAGCUAUCUCCUGUCAGUCCGGAAUCUUCAGAUGAGCUGAAGACGACUUAUAUUCCCUUCGUCAAUCCCAUGAGCACUUUGGAUUGGAGUGAAGAAGUGGAAUUAAACGAUCGCUUGGAGCAAGAGGCUCUAAGCGACGUUCUUACAAGGAGUUCGUCCAUAUCAAGCCUGGUGGACGCCAGUGCUAAAUCCAUGCCUCCGAAUAUUGACGCGCCACAUUCCGGUAGAAAAAAGAGGAAGGAUAGGAGGAAAAGCAAACAAAGGAAUGACAGUCGUCCAAGAGACGGAAGUGGCUCUCGUUCGUCUUCCUUUAGACACCAACGUCGCGACUCGAUAAGCAGCGUUGACAACAACUUUAAAGUGGCGGAAGGAGCGCCCAGAACCUCCAGACAUCGCAGAGGUUCUCGCGAUAGACGCGAUUCGAGCCACGAAGGUUUCAGAGGUCGAGGCGAGCAACCGCAGCAAAGUGGCGAAAAUUGGCGCGCCGAAAUCAGGAGCAGGCAGAAUUCGGAGACAAAGAUAGGAGAUAGAAGUAGAAGUAACUCGGAACGAGAGGAGGUUAAGUUGGAUGUCAAGAAGGCUGGCGUUAUUGUUUUGCCGCAGCAGAAGCCCGAACCACCCAAAUUGGCCGAACAACCGAGAUACCCGGAUACUAGAAAAAACUCGCCCCAACAAAAAAGCCUGUUCGACCCAAACAACCCGAACAAACCGAUAAUAGUGCGUUCGCAAAGCACGCGCGUCUCAGUGCCGGGGAUUCCCGAGAGCAACGACCCGAAUCAGAGUCAGGGCGCCGAAGACACCCGACCGAGUUGGUACGAGGAAAACUCGCCCGAAUUCAAGUCCUGCCACUUUCCCGACGUCAUAAGGGACAUAAAAAAAGCCGACGUGGAGUUGCAAUACAUUAUCGCUACCAACAUGGUUCUGAACAGCUGGGAGAGCGUCGAAAAGUUGAGGCAGUUUCUCAAAGACGCCUUGAAGUAUCUUCUGUACAAGGACUUGAAGUUUUGCGAGACCGAGAACGUGGAGCAACACCUUUGGAAGAUUUUGUACUACAGCAUCAUCGAGGUCGCCAGAAAGGCCAUCGCGGAAGAUCCCAGCCAGAAAGACGAAUACAAAGUCUUCAUACUGUUUUUGAUCGACGAAGGGAAUAAGUUCUUUGAAGAGCUGCUUGAAGAUUUGCAGGAGAACAACAAGUUCCAACUGAGUAGUUUUUUGGGCAGCAAUAAUUGCGAGCAAAAGAAAGGUCUCGGUUAUGUCGGCUUAGCUUUGAACUCUGCCCAGAAGAUUUUUAUUUUUUUGGGCGACUUGGGAAGAUAUAGGGAGCAAGUCAACGAAACGGCCAACUAUGGAAAGUGCAGACAGUGGUACUUAAAAUCGCACGAGUUAAACCCGAAAAAUGGGAAACCUUACAAUCAGCUGGCACUGUUGGCAGUGUACUCCAGAAGAAGGUUGGAUGCGGUCUAUUAUUUCAUGAGAAGUCUGAUGUCUUCAAACCCGGCUCCGUCAGCUAGACAGAGCAUGGUUUCGUUGUUUUACGAAAUUAGGAAAAAGUACGAGCAAGGCGAGAAAAAACGCAGGGAGGAGCGUUUGGAACGUGCGAGGUUGCAAAUGAAGCAAAAAGAGUCGGAAGAAACGACAACAACGCCUGGUUCUUUGAGGAAGGAAACCUGGAUUCGCCCAGACGGAGGAAAAAGAGUUCACAGAACCACGCAAGCUCUCCAGGAUAACAAGGAUUCCGAGGAAGAAGAUCUUGCCUCCUUGGGAAACAUAGAGCUCAAUAAAAGAUUCGUUACCACAUAUCUUCACGUGCUAGGAAAACUAUACACCAAAAUUGGAAUGGAAACGUUCCAGGAGUCGGCCAUACAAAUGCUUAAAGAACUGCGGGCCCUCUUGCAUCACACCCCCGUCCCAAUGCCUUCAAACAGACUGCUGAUGCUUCUUGCCCUUAACAUGUUCGCCAUCGAAUCUACGCAGCUAAAAGAUCCUCAGCUCCAAGCUCAAUCGGGCUACUGGUCCGAGAAUCAGGACAGAGCGUUGGUGGUGUCAUUGCAAAUGUUCAACCUGAUCCUGGAACGGUGCAUUUCGCUGCUGGAGGACCACUUAUCGAAAAACAACAACCAAAUUAGCCAGCUGUCGCAAGACAUCAUCAUCCUGUUGCCGGCCAUCAAGGUUUGGUGCGACUGGAUGCUGUGUCACAGCUCCGUGUGGAACCCCCCGCCUUCCACGCAAGACUUCAAAGUCGGUUCGACAGGGGACUGUUGGACAAGAUUGGCGAUGCUGAUGAAUCUGUUCGAGCAAAUUAAAAGUCAGAACUACGGCUUGAAGCUGCACGAUGUGCAAUUGGACGAUGAUUACGAAGUUGUGAGACUUCCGGAAGACGCCGUUCUCUGCGGUUUUACCCCGAUCGCUUACACGGUAUCGAAACCCUUGUACGCGCCCAAAGACAUGGACAUCGAAGUCGCCCAAUUCCUCUUGCGUAUGGAGAAACUGCUGUUCUUCGGCACGGAGUUCGUGUGCGGUUUGGAGCCGCCCGUCCUCAAAUUAGAAAUCGAGGACGGUUUUCGGGAAUACGUGUCCGUCGUGCAAGCCAACGCCAGCAGGAGCUCGCCACCCAGCCCGCAAGAACUGAAAAUCUUGAGUCAGUCGGUGGUCAGCGUGCACGUGGAGGUGCGGCCCAAGUACCUCGUGCCAGACACCAACUGUUUCGUGGACCAUUUGUCCAGGAUAACCGUUUUGGCCGCUUCGCAGUCCUACACCCUUAUGGUGCCCAUUGUCGGGGGGAAAUCCCCCAUGCCGGGGGGCGCGCGGAAAACCGUCGAUCCCCAGCACCUACUGAAGGUGGCGGACGCUGCCAAAUGCGCCCUCGACUUCUUGAAAAGCCGCCAUCAGUCGGUCAAGUGCGUUACGACCAAGGGGGGCAUAUUGACGUCGACCGCUUUCACGACCGAAGACGAUUCCUCGACCUCCUCCAACGACACCAGCGGAAUAAUGAAGAACGACGACAAAAUAUUGGCGACGUGUCUCGUCCUGUGCAAGGGCCACAACGCAACGCAGAACAGCGCCGAAGGGGAGAGCACGGAGAACUCUGGUCCUCGCGAACUGAUCCGCGAGGUGGUUCUUUUGACGGAAGAUCGCAACUUGAGGGUGAAGGCGUACGCUCGCGACGUUCCCGUUCGCGAGCUGCCCGACUUCAUGCGUUGGGCGGGCCUGGGCGGAUGAUGCCGCCGCUCGUAUCGGCGCCGCUACCAAAAAAUUAUCCACUAAAAAAAAAACUCUGUAAAUGUACAUUUAAUUAGGCGAAUCACUGCAACAACAACAACGGACCGACGAGGCGUUCGAUGCAAGUCGCGUGUCGCACGUUCGGCAUAACAAUGGUUCCCGAUGAGGCUGUUGACUGUUUGGCAAGACUAAAAGUUUAUUUUUUGUAACGACUUCCUUCUAAACUCCUUUAGUGAUUGUUAAGUUUGAACCGCCGAAAUUUUAUCAUGUAACUAUAAAAAAUUGUGUAUAUAGUAUGAGACCCGAUUCCUCCGGUUUUCCACACAACUAUUUUAAAGCGCCAUCUGUGCCAUUUUAUAUAUAUUACGACAACUUAAUUUUUAUACACUUUUAGAAUAUAUGUACUUUAUUAUCGACCUCCUCCCCUCUAGCUUAUAGAAUACAUCUUUUUUAGUAUGAUAUAUUAUAGAAAAUAAUAAUGUAAAUGUACUUAAUUUACUGUUUUUUACACUACUUUUUGUGCCAUUCACUUUUAUUGGCAACAUUUUACUGUAUAGUUUUUUUUCGUCAAUUAUUUCAUUAGGU